AUGGAGUCCGCAGAUGUAGAUUCAAAGGCAAUGGUUCUGCUGAUGGGUCUUAGAAGAUGUGGGAAGUCUUCGAUAUGUAAAGUGGUGUUUCACAACAUGCAGCCGCUGGACACGCUGUACCUAGAGUCGACUUCAAAUCCCUCAAUGGAACAUUUCUCCACUUUGAUUGAUCUUGCAGUAAUGGAGUUGCCUGGUCAAUUGAACUAUUUUGAACCGAGUUACGAUUCAGAAAGACUGUUCAGGAGUGUCGGUGCCCUGGUCUACGUUAUUGACUCCCAGGACGAGUAUAUGAAUGCCAUAACGAACCUGGCAAUGAUUAUCGAAUAUGCGCACAAGGUUAAUCCGUCGAUUAAUAUAGAAGUAUUGAUACACAAAGUAGACGGAUUGAGUGAGGAUUUCAAAGUGGAUGCACAGCGUGACAUCAUGCAGAGAACCGGAGAGGAGUUGUUGGAAUUGGGGUUAGAUGGCGUGCAGGUAUCAUUCUAUCUUACCUCUAUCUUCGACCACUCGAUCUAUGAAGCAUUUUCACGGAUCGUUCAGAAAUUGAUACCGGAACUCACAUACUUGGAAAACAUGCUGGAUAAUCUGAUUCAACAUUCCAAAAUAGAUAAGGUCUUUCUCUUCGACAUUAACUCCAAGAUUUAUGUCUCUACGGAUUCGAAUCCCGUCGAUAUUCAAACAUACGAGGUGUGUGCUGAAUUUGUGGACUUGACAAUUGACCUGUAUGACCUUUAUAAGAACACGCUCGAUUCGAAGGGUACAAAUGACCAGGAACAGGGGAACGUUCGCGAAUUGAAAAAUGUCUCUGAACUGGGGAAUGGUGUGCUAAUUUAUCUCCGGCAGAUGAUUCGUGGGCUGGCAUUGGUGGCUCUAAUCAGACCCAACGGUGCCGAUGUGGAAAGCUGUCUCACUAUCGCGGAUUAUAACGUUGACAUAUUUAAAAAGGGACUAGAAGGUGUAUGGGCCAAUUCGAGACUGAAGCCUCAAGAACAACCUAAUCAACAGAUAGAGUAG